AUGGCCAAAACACUUGCCGACCUCCGUCGCCCAGGUCUUCUCCAAACCAAAGGCUUCAUCGAUGGAAAAUGGACCAGCACGCCAGCUAGCGAGACCUUUGAUGUGCUCAACCCAGCCUCGCUAGAGAAACUCGCGACACUGCCUGAAAUGAACGCUGCCGAUACCGACAACGCGAUCGAGGCAGCAAAUAAAGCAUUUGCAUCAUUUCGCAAAACCACCGCUCGGCAACGCGCACGCUGGCUGCGUCAGUGGAAUGACCUUAUCCUUGAGAACAUUGACGAUCUAUCACUAAUCCUAACUCUGGAAAAUGGCAAGCCUCUACCGGAGGCCCGCGGCGAGGUAAUUUACGGCGCGUCCUUUCUAGAAUGGUUUGCAGCCGAGGCCGAACGCACCCAUGGUGAGACGGUGCCUGCUGCGAAUCCCAACCAUCGAAUUCUCACAAUAAAGCAACCUAUCGGGGUUGCGGCGCUGCUGACGCCAUGGAACUUCCCAAUUGCCAUGAUCACACGCAAGGCCGGUGCUGCCCUCGCCGCAGGAUGUACAACGGUUUGGAAACCCGCUGGAGAAACUCCACUGACCAGUCUUGCUCUCGCGGUCCUUGCGCAAGAGGCUGGCCUGCCGGACGGCUCUAUUAACGUAGUGCUGACCCUCAACAAGGUCGCCGAAGUCGGGCAAGCAAUCUGCGAGAACAACAUCGUACGCAAGCUCAGCUUCACUGGCAGCACACGCGUUGGAAAGCUGCUUGCUCAACAGUGCGGCCCAACACUGAAGAAACUCUCGCUAGAACUGGGCGGGAACAGCCCGUUUAUCGUCUUCGACGACGCCUCUAUUAAUCACGCCGUCGAGGCCCUUAUGAUGGCGAAAUUCCGCAACUCUGGUCAAACCUGCGUGACAGCAAACCGCAUAUUAGUUCAAAAGGGGAUCUACAAUUCCUUCGCGGACGCCAUGCUCAAGCGCAUGCAGUCGCUGCAAGUCGGACCGGGAGUUCAAGACGGCGUGAUGAUUGGUCCGCUUACGCACGAGCGAGCGGUAGAGAAGGCAACACAGCAUAUUGAGGACGCAAAGCGCCUUGGCGGGAAAGUGAUGCUGGGCGGUGCGUCAGUUCCAGCGUCAAAGGGCUAUUUUAUGCAGCCGACGCUGAUUCGAGAUAUGAACCCGGAGAUGAUCACCACGCGGGAGGAGGUCUUUGCCCCUGUGCUGGGGAUGUACCCAUUCGAGACGGAAGAGGAGGUUAUUACACUGGCAAACAACAGCAAUGUGGGACUGGGUAGUUUCAUAAUGACUGAGAACAUGUCGAGAUGCGUUCGGGUGGCAGAAGCCCUGGAAGUCGGCAUGGUUGGAGUGAAUGUAGGCAUGUUAAGUGCGUGUGAGAGUCCGUUUGGAGGCGUCAAGGACAGUGGAUACGGGCGAGAAGGGGGUACCCAAGGAAUUGAGGACUACCUCACAGUGAAGGCCAUUCUCAUGGAUGUGAAUCAUUAG